GACUGCAACAACAGAAUUUGGAAUUAUGGCGUUUGUAAUUGCUUUGGCGUUGUCUAUGGUGGCCUUGGCUGCAGCUGAAUACGAUAAUUAUUCACCGCCUCCUGUUUAUCAAUAUCAAUCUCCCCCUCCUCCUUACUAUUAUAAGUCUCCUCCUCCUCCAUCGCCCUCACCCCCUCCACCAUCGCCACCUCCUUAUUAUUACAAGUCUCCACCUCCACCAUCUCCUUCACCUCCUCCACCGUACUACUAUAAAUCUCCACCUCCCCCAUCUCCUUCACCUCCUCCUCCAUAUUACUACAAGUCCCCACCACCACCUUCCCCAUCUCCUCCUCCUCCAUACUACUACAAGUCCCCACCUCCUCCAUCUCCUUCACCUCCUCCUCCAUAUUACUACAAAUCCCCUCCACCACCAUCUCCUUCACCUCCACCACCAUACUAUUACAAAUCCCCACCACCUCCAUCUCCAUCUCCUCCUCCCCCAUACUACUACAAGUCCCCUCCACCACCAUCCCCUUCACCUCCCCCACCAUAUUAUUACAAAUCCCCACCACCACCAUCUCCAUCUCCUCCUCCUCCAUACUACUACGAAUCCCCACCACCACCAUCCCCAUCAUCACCACCACCAUACUUCUAUAAGUCUCCACCACCUCCACCAAAAUAUUGAUUCGUUCUGACAAUCAAUGUUAUGAGAACUGCUGGAGUAUGUAGUUCUCAAUCUACUCGGUCAUUAUUUUCUCAUUAGUGAUCAUAUGACUAUCAUCAAAUAAAGAUUGAAAACAAGUCUAUCAAGAUUUGUUCUGAAAUAAGCAGCAUCAUGUAAAAUCUGAGAUCUGUGAUAGUGCUUGCUGUAGGUAAUAAGGGGAAAGCCGUUGCCAAGACUUCUGUCGUCUCAAAGGAAAACCCCAUUGUUGUUUGUUCCCUGCGCUCAGGGAAGGACAGUUGAUUAAUUCAUUAGUUUAUUAUUGCAUUCCUCUUCCCAAGAUAAUAAUAUUAUUGUUUUCUUUUUUCAUA